AUGGAACAAUGGUUUGAUGGCAUGCUGUUGUGGACCGGCGUCUGGUCCCUGCUAUGGGUGUACUGCUGGGUCACCUGGUGGAGGUCCACCGCCCCGAGGGCGGUGCUCCACACUUCGUUCUCCUACUCUCCGACCAGACAUGACUCCACCUCCUCACCCAUAACAGUCACGCUGGAAAUGCUAAAGAGGGUAGCUAGAGAAACGACGUCAACUGCAAACGACGAGCAGACAUGGAUCUGGCUACGCAGGGUAGAGGCUAUCGGCCUUCAGGCGGUGGAGGCGCGGCUUGUCCAUAGUCAAUUCAAGUUAAGUAACCUACUCGGGGAAGGCACCUACGGUAAGGUGUUCCAGAUCCAACUAGCAGACGUAAACUAUCCUAUCUGUAUAAAGGUUGCCAAAGGAAUAAGAUGCCACGAAUAUAAUUUAAAGGAGUGUGAAAUGUUGGCGUGCCUGGGUGAUGUGAAGGGCGUUCCGCGCGUAGUGGGGGUCAGUCUGCAGCCUGACGCCUUCAUCAUGACCAUGCAUGGCAACUGCACGCUCGCUAAGUGCAUCCGUCUCAGGACUCGGAUGCCCUCGGAGAAGUUACUGCUCCGCGUGCUGCAAGACUUGUCUGGCGUGCUGGCCAAGAUCCACCAACGCGGCCUGUGUCACAAUGAUAUCAAAUUAAACAAUGUUAUGGUGGAACCGGGAAACAAAACGAGUUUUACUGUCACUCUGAUUGACUUCGGGUUGAUGUCACGUUACGGCUGUUAUCCUUUCCGGAUCGCGAGGAAGGGAAAGAUCAAACCAUUUUACGACCCUGAACUCAUGCGGCACGAGAAGACAUGCUCGGAGGCCACGGACAUGUACUCCAUGGGUUACCUCAUGCGAGUCAUUCUCUUCAGUUUUCCGACAACGGCGAGACAUAUCCAGAGGCUGGCUACUCUCGCGAUGGGUCCUGACUCCCAGCGGCCAUCCUUCUUACAGUUGGAGGAUGCCUUCAGCAAUCUAGCAAAAUGA